AUGCGUUAUCCAUGUGCCGGUUUUCCACUGUGUUUAAAAACAUUUGAAAAUGGUCAUGUUUUGUCUGCUCAUCAUUUAUCUUGUGAACAUGCUUUGAAGAAACUAAACGAUCGAAAUCAACAUCAAGAACAGAUUCAAAGUAUUCAACGAAACUAUCUCAAUAAUCGAACGAAAGGAAAUAAAGUUCAGCAAACAUUUACUGGUUUAGAUUAUACACAAAAAUUUCUUGUUCGUGAUCGAUAUCAACUUGGUGGAAAUAAUAAUCCACAAGAAUCUUAUCGACGAAUUCGUCAGCCACCAGAUCCAAGAAUGGUAAUCAUACAAACAAAAUCACAAUCGAUAGAUUUCAGUGGUUACUAUACAUAA